AUGCUUCUUUUCCUCGAAAACUUUGACAAGAAAGAAUACUGCGAUGGGUAUUAUUGCAACUUUGAUGAUAAAUUAUUUCCAAAGAAAGCACCGAGCCUUUCGUCGAAAGCUAACAUCUUCAUCCAAAAUAACAUCGUUUACAAGCGUAACUCAACAGUGUCGAGCAUUUGGGAUUGUCUUGAAAGCAAAACUCAUCGUUUUCGCAAAUAUUGUCCCCUUUACAAUCGUACUUCGUUUUAUGAUCAAAUUCAUAACAAUUAA